AUGGGAUUUAGUGGCUAUUUGGCUGCGCCUGGAAAACGCCUCGUGCUGCUCGGACUUAAAUUGUUAUUCCUUGUACCUGCAGGAGUUCCAGCGCGAAGCGGGGACUCCGUAUUGAAGGACAACAUCACCGUAAGACAAGGGGACAGCGCUGUGUUAAAAUGCAACGUGGACAGCAAAGUAUCCCGAGUGGCGUGGCUGAACCGCACCACCAUCUUGUUUGCGGGGAACGAGAAGUGGUCUCUGGAUCCUCGGGUGGUCCUGGUGGAGAACACGGCCGUGACGGAGUACAGCAUCAAGAUCCUGAACGUAGAUGUCCAUGAUGAAGGUCCGUACGUCUGCUCCAUCCUCACCAACAAGAAGCCCAAGUCUACCAAGGUCCAUCUCAUCGUGCAAGUCCCAGCCCGGAUCACAAACAUCUCCAGGGACAUCACGGUGAAUGAGGGCAGCAGCGUCAGCCUCAUGUGUCUGGCCAUCGGACGACCUGAAGCCAACAUCAUGUGGAAGCACCACUCGCCCAGAGGUACUCACAGGUUCUUGACAGAGGGGGAGCAUCUGGAGAUCACAGGGAUCACCAAAGAGCAGUCAGGAGCCUACGAGUGCAUCGCCUCCAACGACAUCUCCAACCCCGACAUCAGGACAGUGACAGUAACAGUCAACUACCCUCCAUACAUUUCCAAAGCCAGAGGUACGGGAACAGCAGUAGGACAAAAAGGCGUGCUGCAGUGCGAGGCGUCGGCGGUUCCUAGAGCGGAUUUCGAGUGGUACAAAGAAGACCGCAGACUCUUCAACGGGCUGAACGGCGUGCGCAUCGAGAACCAGGGCCGACAGUCCCUGCUCGUCUUCUUCAACGUGUCUGAGGAAGACUAUGGCAACUACACCUGUGUGGCCACCAACAACAUGGGCAUCACCAACGCCAGUAUAAUCCUCUACGGUCCCGGGGCGAUGCACGAUGUGAACGGAGCCGCAGUGAUCCCUGGCUGCUCCCUAUGGCUCGUCCUGUCUUUACCCUCCUUCUACCUGCUCCAGUUCUGAUGAGCACAGACCAGCCGCCCUCCACAUCCAAACACCUACAGACUCUUAGACCUACGGCAGACCGGAUCAUCAUAACCUCUCUUUCUCCUGGCUUUGCAUCGGGCCGAGCAACAACCCAACCAGGGGCGCGUCCAAAACCUGCACUAAUUUGACGAUGGUAGAACUUGAGUUUGUGUCCCCCUACCCCCCCAAACCCCCUGACCCUCCUCCCCUGCGAUACUUUUUUAUGUGGAAAGGAAGAAAAAAAAUACAGAAUAAUGUAACUGUUGAUAGUAAUAUUGAAGUGUACAUUCAGAUAAUACUUGUGUCGCGUCCUGUUCUAUAUCUGUACAAAACCAUUACGCUUUUUUAAGUAAACGAUGAAAAAAAAUAGGAAAAAAUGCAACGUGAUUGUUGAAUUUUACUGUAUUUUUACAGUUGUAUGCAAAAGGAGUACCAGAUCCUUCUUUGGAAAUCGGACAUCGUUGAGUUCUCAGGCACAGCCCUACAGCAUAGUGCAUCCUGGCCGAUUCAUUGUAGUGUGUAGAAACUGUAGAAAUGUAAAGGCAACUCCUGCACUCUUGUUUUAUAUGCAUAUGGUUAUUAUUAAAUGGUAUAUCACAAAACGCCAAGAACAGGGGUC